CUGACUGAGGACUUGGUCACAGCUGCUAUGGUGUGAACACUGCUGUUACUUCUGAGGCAGGUUCAGGAUGAAGUGUUCCCUGCAAUCUUGUAUGAGGGCCAAUUUGCUCCUUUGUCUGGGACUACUUGUGCACGGCGGAGAAGCCGGGAGUGGUCCUGUGCACACUGAAGCACAGGCUGGGCCUCUGUAUCGCGUGGUGGGCUAUCCGCUCUCCAUCUCCUGCAAUGUGAGUGGCUUCGCCAGCGCCACCACAAGAAAAGAAUUUGAAUACCGUAUGAAGAAGCCGGCAAAACCAACAUUUGAGAUCAACAUCAUCAGCACCAAUGACGAAAACUUCGGCUAUGCAGUGUAUGCAAGCCGUGUGAGGAGAAAGGAAAUUACUCUGACACAUGUGAACCCAAACUCAGUCUUAUUUGAGAUAGACAAGCUAAACAAAAAUGAUGAGGGGGAAUACGACUGCACUGUAGUCAACUCAGAGGUGACUUAUCAUGGGACCUACAACUUUAAGACAACAGUGAAAGUGAUUGACAACUCCCUCAGUGUUUCAUCACCUGCCCCCACCACACUGAGCUAUAAUGAGGGUGACGCUUUCACUUUAACAUGCCAAGCCUCCAGCAACACUGUCCAGCACACCCAUCUGUCUCUCACCUGGUUUCAUCGUAAAGACGGCGAGGACAACCCUCAGCCUAUCAUUUCUCUGGAUAGAGAUUUCACACUGAGCCCAGGCCCGUUGUUUGAGAGGCGUUACCAAGCUGGACUCAUAAGGUUAGACAAAAUGGGAGAGGCCACAUACAAGCUACACAUGGCUCAGCUGGAGCUGUCAGACCACGGCAGGGUCUACUGCCAGGCCCAGGAGUGGAUCCAAGAUCCUGACCGCUCCUGGUACAAUAUCGCACAGAAAGAUGCAGAGGAAACCCCCCUGAACGUCAAAGCAAGAGAGGUGGCGCAAGACAUGUCGUCUCUGGUGGUGAGAAUUUCUGCGCAGCCUGAAACUCUACAGGAAGGACAGGAGCUGUCGCUCAUCUGCAAUGUAGACACACAGAACCUGGCGGAAAGGUUCUUCUCUGUAGCCUGGCUCAAGGAGGGUGUUGAGUUGGCCCACAUUGGCCCUACAGGCAUUCUGUCCGUGGGACCCGAGUACAGUGGGCGGGCGAAGGAAGGGGAGCUGAGGGCAGCCCGGAUAGGAGACAGGGAUUACAGUCUUACACUGCAGCCUGUCAGAACUGAGGACCAAGGAGGGUAUAUCUGUAGAGCAAGUCUUCAGGACAGAGAGCAGAAUGGUGCUUUUACACAGGGAGCAGUCCAGAGCUCCAGCUCCCAGCGGGUCAGCAUCUUAGCCACAGAAAGUGGGCUCUCUGUUGAAAUUCAAAACACCACGAGCGUUAACGAAGGCAACAGACUGAACCUCACCUGUAAAGUGUAUGGGGUCAAAGGUCAACUCUCCGUCACCUGGCAACGCAAAUCAACACCCACAUCAACAGCCAUAUUCACCAAAGUCAUCAGUCUAAGUCAGGAUGGCGUCACAGAGAAAGCGGAGGAGUUCAUGAGUCGCAGCGUGAGGGCAACACGUCCAGCGACCGAUACCUUCACCUUUGAGCUCGAUGAGGUCACACCCUCUGAUUCAGGAGUCUACCAGUGCACCGUGCAAACCAACAGCAAGACCAGCAGCCAGUCGCAGAGUGCCACUGUGUCAGUGGCUCCUACAGAAUCGUUUUUGACCGUGCGUCUGAUAAGUCGCAAAAACAUGGUGACUGUGGGAGAAAAUGUGGAGCUGAUGUGCCGGGUCAAAGGUCCACGCAUACCAAUAACACUGACUUGGAGCCUGCAGCGUGACGCCUCGAACGUAGAUAACAUCCUGACACUGUACUCUGAUGGAGCCAUCAGCUGGUCUGCAAAUCAGCACCGCUACCAGCUGAAAGUCGAGAAUAAUCAGAAUGAAGCCAUACACUAUCUGCUCAUCAAUGGUGCGAGCCACAGGGAGGCAGGAAGCUACCAGUGUAGGGUGUCUGUUUUCCUGGAAAAUGUACACAAGAAGCUGCCUCCAUCCUACCCAGUGGCUGUUUUGGUGCAGAACCCAGUGAGCAAGCUCGACCUGACUCCCACCCCCGCCUUGACAAGAAAUAUCAACACUGACAUAGAAAUAAAAUGCUCGGUUAUCUCCGAACCCUCUGCAUACUCUCGCUAUGCUGUGACCUGGCUGCUCCAGCAGCAGGAGGAAAAUAAGACCAUUGUGAGCUCUGACCGGGAUGCCCUAGUGACAUAUGGAUCCCAAGUACUGCCGAGCCACAGACAGCGAAUCAGCAUGAAGCGCACUCAGGGCCCGAGUUUUGAGUUGAAUAUUCGGCAAGCUCGAAUCUCAGACAAUGGCUCAUACGUGUGUGAGGUGGUGGAGUGGCUGCAAGAUCCUAAUGGUGACUGGUAUCAGCUCUCACCAGUGUCCAGAACUACAGAGCUAACAGUUAUUGAGCCUGCCAAUGACCUUUCUUUAGACAAGACAGAGCAGCCGGUGACUUCCAUGGAGGGAGACGAGGUGGAGCUCAAGUGCACCAUCAUCACAGGUGCAUCCGGUCCUUCUUUCUUCUACAAAGCCACUUGGUUCUAUACUGGCCAUGAUUCACCUGCCUCAAAUCCUCUGGUGGAGCUUGACCACACGGGCCUGCUGAGUUACCCAGAGAACCAGGAGCUCAGCGGCCUGCAGGGGCGGCUUCGUCUCUCCAGGCCCACUCAGAGCAGCUUCUACUUAGGAAUUCAGAGGGCCCAUGUGGAUGACAGUGGGACCUACCAGUGCCAGGUGGAGCAAUAUCAGCUGGAUCAUGAAGGUCACUGGCAACAAAAGGCCUCAGACAGCGCUGGGCCAAUUGUGCUGAGUGUAAAUGUUACAGAAAAAAACCUUCACAUCGAGAAGAACGAAAUGAACUUGAAUAUAAGCAUUUCCCGUAAUAUUGCCAUGCCCUGUCACAUCACCAAACAAUCCAGCAGCCAAUCUGAGUUCCAGGUCACGUGGUUUUGGCAGAAAGAGAGAGAAACUAAACAACACCCUAUAUUCACAGCUUACCGUAACUCCACCCUACAAGACUGGUCUAGUAAGGGUGAACAGUUUAGAUUCCGCCACCCUGCGUCCAACCAGUUCAUCCUUACGCUUAUGAAACCAAGUCCUGAAGACAGUGGCAUGUAUUUCUGUGAAGUAGAAGAGUGGCUCCCAUCUCUGUCUCAAGAGUGGAGGAAGGCUGCAGUGGAGAAGUCUGGAUAUUUGACGGUUAAUGUCUAUGCAGAGGGGGAUGCUAAAACUGUCUCUGAGCCAGAAUGCAGGUCGAAUAUGUGGAUGGGGGUUUUCAUAGCUGCAGUUAUCUGCUCAUUGUUGAUCAUAUUCCUGCUGUUGGUGUUGAUAUGCCGGAGCAAGGUCUCAGGAGGAAAGCAGUCGGGCCAAAGUCUGUGGACAGAGCAGCACCCUCUGAACACCAAACCCGGUGUGGAGAACUGAACCUUUUAGACUAGAAGAGAAGAGAGGAGAGGAAAAAAAGCAUUCAUAUUUUUAUGUGCAAUGUAAAGUAUGCAAUAUUUUAUAUGCAACUAUUCCAAAAGUUGUACUGUACUGUACAUAUUUUUUAUUCAAAGAUCAAUAAUUCUUGUUUAAAUGAAUCUGUUAAUAAUGUCCCUGUGUAAAAAAAAAAAAAAAAGUUUAAAUGUUUUCCCUCUGUGCAGCUGGGAAUAAUUUUGCCUUUAUGAAUUAAUGAAAUUCAUUAAACCUUUAAAAUUAAA